UUUAGUCAUUCGGAACACAAUUGGGUUGUAUUGGGGAGGGCUUCCCACUCGCAGGCGCCAAAGAGCAGAAAGAAAACGGCACGUGAUGAAACCCGCGUUUAAGCGGUCCAAUUCCCAAACGGUCAUAUUUUCCCUUCUUUAAAUUUCAAAACCCCCAUCCCACUCUCUCACUGGAUCUCUGGAUCGCUCUCACUCUCGCUCAAACGGUCGUGUUGCAUUGUUGCGUUCUCUCUGUGUGCGUCCGAAUUUGAAGCCCAAUUCAAAUUUGUUGCUCUCUCUCUCUCUCUCUGUCGCUUGAUCUCUCUCUGUCUGUUGAAAUUGGAAGCUCGAUUCAAAUUUGGGGACGAAUCCAUCCUCUUCUCUGAGAAGAAAGUCGACGACUUGUUCCCAGUUCCAGGGUUUUGGUUUUCACAGAAAGCACACCGCUUUCGUCUGUUUGUGUUGUGUUUCGUGAAGAAAUUGGAGAUGGGAGGUCAAGAUUUGAGGCCCACUGUCUCUUCUCUCAAGCGUCCGCGUUUCCCUGAUUCCGAUUCCGAUUCCGAUUCCGAUUCCGAUGAUGCCGUUACGGUUUUGGGUGAUACGGUCAAGAGGCAGAGGACUCAUGAUUCGGAUGAUGGUCUUUUGGCAAUGGAGGACUCGAUUAGGGAGCUUGAUGAUCUACUUCAUCACGAGGGGUCCUCAAGCAGCACCACCGAAGCAUAUGAUUGCUGGGAUGAUGAUCUGUUAGGAUCCUUAAUUGACGAGUUUGAGCUUCUGCCUGAUUCUGCUGUUGCGGCCUCUGCUGCAGACGAGGCUGCUGUUGUGCCUCCGCUAACUACUCAUCUCGGUCAUCAUCGUCACGAGAUUGAGGAGGGGCCAAGAACCACGGAUGAAAGAGAGUUGGAUGAUGAGGAGGACUUGAUCACUGAAUUCUUUAAUCAUAUUGGAGGAGAGGAUGAUGAAGACCCAAAUCAAGAUCAUGUACAUCAAGCUACUGAACCUGAUCACACUACUCUGCUCAUCACCAUCAUCCCGUUCCCUCCUUCUCAAAUCAUUAUUUUACCAGUUGUGGUUGGAAACAUUGGAAGGCCACGGGCCCCGGUUCUCCAUUUUCUCUUGAUUUGCUUGCUCUCCAUCAUCAUCAUCUAGAAGCGGAGCAGGAGGAAGAGGACUUUACACGGAGUAUACACGCCUUGCGUGAAUCAAGUUGUCAAGCUAUUAUCAUCUAGAAGCGUCAGCUCUUGUUUUUAUACUACUAGUAGAGUUCAAGAAUUUAGAUGAGCACGGUAACCUUUCAGCUUUUUCUUUCCGACUUCCGUUUUAAUCAUAGUUAGUUUAUUAGUUUUCAGUCUUUUUAUUUACACGGAAGAUGUGACAUAGAACCAAGCGCAAUGGCGCUCUAGGAUUCAUAUAGCCGACCCCACUUAGUGGGAAAAGGCUUUGUUGUUGUUGUUAUUGUUGUGGAUGGAAUAGUUUUCAGUAUGUUAUUUCGUCUAGCUGGUGGUCUUACUUUGUACUUUUGUCAAUCUUGAGGAAAUCUGCAGACAAUAUACAUAUGAAUGUACAUGAAGUUCCCAACAGUUCUGACUGCA